AUGUGUUCUAUUGAUUAUGAAGCAUAUGCCCAGGAUUUCGAUAACUGGUACAACAACGAAGAUUUUAUUGCCAUGAGAUCUGUUGCAGAUCUCUCAAUGAUCUUUGAUUAUUGUUUAUUCACUCCAGAACAAUUUAUCACGACAUCUACAAUAAUAAAGAAGAAAUUUAGGAUCUCAGAAGUCUUCGUUAUUAUUCAACAUGCUAAAAUCGACAAUUUUGAAAAUGUUGAAUCUGCUUACAAACUUUUAGAAUUUAUUUCAAAAAUAACAAACAACAGGACACUUUUUGACAUCUCAAAUUUCAUUAAAUCACAAAAACCGAGUACAGAAACAAAGAAAAGUAAAAAUCUGAAGUAUCUUAUACAUUGCAAUGCCAAUUCAACUGAUUUUGAAAAGAUUUACCAUAUUUUGAUCAACUGCUAUCUUGAGAAUGAUGCAGAAACAAUCAAAUUUGCAAGUCAAAAUGCUUACAUUCAUGUCAAAGAUAAAUACGAUUCAUCAUUGAUUCAUUAUGCAUUAAACAAUGGAAAUAUUGAAGCAUUAAAAUUCCUUUGUUCAAUUCCUAAUAUUGAUAUCAAUGCAAAAGAUAAUCAAGGAAUGACAGUUUUACAUUAUGCAGCACAAAUAAAUAAUACUCAAACAAUUGAAUUCCUUUGUUCAAUUCCUAAUAUUGAUAUCAAUGCAAAAGAUAAUCAAGGAAUGACAGUUUUACAUUAUGCAGCAGAAAAAAAUAAUACUCAAGCAAUUGAAUUCCUUUGUUCAGUUCCUGGAAUUGAUAUCAAUGCAAAAGAUAAUUUUUAUCAUUACAAUCCCCUUUUUUAUGCAUUUAAGAAUAAUAAUAAAGAUGCUAUUAAAGCUAUUUGUUCAGUCCCAGGUUUUAAUAUCAAUUCCUCAUAUGUUGAAGGACGUACAUUUCUUGAAUACCCUUUUAACAUUAAAAACACUGAACUCAUUGAAUGUCUCUUAACUGUUAAGAGCUUUGAUCCGAAUAUUCAAGAUAAUUAUGGUAAUACUCUUCUUCAUUAUGCAGUUCAAUACCAAAAUCUUGAUAUCAUCAAAACUGUUUGUUCUCUUCCAAACAUUAAUCCAAAUAUUAAAGAUGAGUCAAAUAAGACACCGUUUUUACUCGCAUUUGAGCGAAAAAAUCCAGAAAUUAUAAAUUGUCUCUUAACAGUUAAGAACAUUGAUCCGAAUAUUCAAGAUAAUGAAGGUAAUACUCUUCUUCAUUAUGCAGUUCAAUAUCAAAAACUUCCAGAAAUUAUUAAUUCUCUAUUAACAGUUAAGAACAUUGAUCCAAAUAUUCAAGAUAAGUAUGGUCGAACUUUUCUUCAUAAUGCAGUUUAUUACCAAAAACUUCCAGAAAUUAUUAAUUCUCUCAUAACAGUUAAGAACAUUGAUCCGAAUAUUCAAGAUAAUAAUGGUCAAACUCUUCUUCAUCAUGCAGUUCAAUACCAAAAUCUUGAUAUCAUCAAAACUGUUUGUUCUCUUCCAAACAUUAAUCCAAAUAUUAAAGAUAAGUCAAAUAAGACACCGUUUUUACUCGCAUUUGAGCGAAAAAAUACAGAAAUUAUUAAUUGUCUUAAGCAAAUUCCGAACAUUGAUAUGAACAUCCAAUAUAAUAAUCAUGGAAAUCAUUAUUAA